AUGGUAAGAACUUCAAACUUUUUUUUCAUUUUUGGAAAUGCAAAAACUAAAAAACCAGAACAACUUCACGCCCGGGCCUCCGCGAGCUACAAAAUCCGCGCCCACCGUCUUCUGCUUUAUUUGUGGACGUCAGUUCGGAUCGAAAAGUAUAGGUUGGUUGUAAAAAGUGUUUAUUGUAUUGUUCAUUACAACGAUGAAACAUUAGCAAUUCAUGAGCCACAAUGUCUGAAAAAGUGGCAUGCUGAGAACGAGAAGCUACCCAAAUCGAAACGACGAGCUGCUCCGGUCAAACCUGACGCGGUUAUCGGAGAUGGUACGGUAGUAGCUGAAAAACCGCACAAGAUGUUUGAUGUUUUAGAUGGGAGAGUAGAUUCGGAGGCAACUAAUGAGGUGCUUUGGCAGAAUUCUCAAGGACUCAUGGUCGAGUGUGAACAUUGCGGCAGAAAGUUCAAGGUGAACACUAUAAAUGACUUCCGUCUUCUAAUUUUUAAAUUUAGGACGACCGUUUGGAAGUGCAUCAAAGGAGUUGCACUGCGAGCAACCCGGCAAAAAGUGUGGGGCGCAGUCGAUCCAAGAGCCUGAAGCGGUAA